AUGUCUUCAUCUUCCGCCGCCAAACAGCGCCUCCAAGCUCUCAGCAAGCAGCUUGUUGAAGGUAUCUCCGACGAAGGAACAUUUGAAGGUAUCCCCAAAAUCCGACACAUUGCCCGGACUCUGCAGGCCCGUAAGUAUCACCGACUCGAGCACUGUCUUAUAUACUCCGUACAAUUUGCACAACCCUGGAAAGCAAAGAGCAAAAAGCAAAAAGCAAAAACAAAAGUCGCACCCUUCAGAUCACUAGAAUUGUCAGUGGUUAACACUCCCAGCAGUCGAACUAAAGAUAAGGUCGUUAUUGUCACCGGCGCCAACUCUCCCAAUGGAAUUGGCCGAGCCAGCGCACACCAAUUCGCCAACAAUGGCGCCAAGGCGGUUUACAUCUGCGAUUUCAGCGACUCACAUCUCGCAAUUCACAAGCGGGAGAUGGAGUCUCUCUACCCGGGUGUGGAUGUGCAUGUGCGUCAAUUCGAUGCCGGAGACGAGAAAGCCGUGUCCGGCGUCAUCGACGAAGCUAUCGCCAAGUACGGCCGUUUAGAUAUCUUCUUCGCCAAUGCUGGAAUCGUAGGACAACCGAAGAUGUUCACCGAAAUUGAUGGGGAUGGGUUUAUGAACACUAUGAAAACGAACGCUCUUGGAGUCUUCCUGGCAGCUAAGCACGCCGCUCCUGCUAUGAAGGUUACUUCCGAAUCCAAGCCAUAUCCCAGCGGCUCCAUCAUCUGCACAGCCUCGGUAGCCGGACUUCGGUCCAACGCCGGCUCAACCGACUACUCCGCCUCCAAAGCGGCAGUCGUCUCUAUUGCCCAGACCUGCUCGUACCAGCUAGCCGGAACCGGUAUUCGUAUCAAUGCGAUCUGUCCCGGUCUGAUCGAGACAGGCAUGACACAGUCUGUCUUUGAUCACGCUAAGAAGCGCGGCACCACUCGCAAGAUUGGCCAGUUGAACCCUCUGCAACGUGGUGCUAUCGCGGACGAGGUCGCUCGGGUGGCAUUGUUCCUCGGUAGUGAUGAGAGCAGCUAUGUCAAUGGCCAGGCGUGGGCUGUGUGUGGUGGACUGAGUGCUGGACACCCCGUCGUCCCUGGCAAGCUGGCAUGA